ACCUCCAGCAACUGCAGUUAGCUGAAACAAGUCAAAAGGCACCAGAGGCUGGAAGAAGAAUGCUCAGAGGCCGGUCCUUGUCUGUGACUUCCCUGAGUGGGCUCCCUGUGUGGGAAGCCGAAAGACUUCCUGUGGAAGACUUACUGCUUUUUGAAGUCUCUUGGGAGGUGACCAACAAAGUUGGGGGCAUCUAUACUGUGAUUCAGACCAAGGCCAAAACAACAGCAGAUGAAUGGGGAGAAAACUACUUUCUAAUAGGUCCAUAUUUUGAGCAUAAUAUGAAGACUCAAGUAGAACAGUGUGAGCCCAUCAAUGAUGCUGUCAGAAGAGCCAUGGAUGCCAUGAAUAAACAUGGCUGCCAGGUGUAUUUUGGAAGAUGGCUGAUAGAAGGGAGUCCCUACGUGGUGCUCUUUGACAUAAGCUCUUCAGCAUGGAACCUGGACAGGUGGAAGGGUGACUUCUGGGAAGCAUGUGGUGUUGGCAUCCCUCACCAUGACCGAGAAGCCAAUGACAUGCUUAUAUUUGGGUCUUUAACUGCCUGGUUCUUAAAAGAGGUGACAGAUCAUGCAGACGGUAAACAUGUCAUUGCCCAAUUCCAUGAAUGGCAGGCUGGAACUGGGCUAGUCCUUUCUCGUGCCAGGAAACUCCCCAUCGCCACAAUAUUUACAACCCAUGCCACACUACUUGGGCGGUAUCUCUGCGCAGCAAAUAUUGACUUCUACAACCAGCUUGACAAGUUCGACAUAGACAAAGAGGCGGGGGAGAGACAGAUUUAUCACCGCUACUGCAUGGAACGGGCCUCUGUGCACUGCGCGCAUGUCUUCACCACAGUGUCAGAAAUCACAGCCAUCGAGGCAGAGCACAUGUUGAAGCGGAAGCCUGAUGUAGUAACUCCCAACGGCUUGAAUGUUAAGAAGUUUUCUGCAGUGCAUGAAUUUCAAAAUCUCCAUGCCAUGUACAAGGCCAGAAUCCAGGAUUUUGUUCGAGGUCAUUUCUAUGGUCAUUUGGAUUUUGAUCUUGAAAAGACUUUAUUCCUCUUCAUUGCUGGGAGGUAUGAAUUCUCAAACAAAGGAGCUGACAUCUUCUUGGAAUCCUUAUCCAGGCUCAACUUCCUCCUAAGGAUGCACAGGAGUAACGUCACUGUGGUGGUGUUUUUCAUCAUGCCUGCCAAGACAAACAAUUUCAACGUGGAAACCCUGAAGGGCCAGGCGGUGCGGAAACAGCUGUGGGACACCGUGCAUUCUAUGAAGGAAAAGUUUGGAAAGAAACUCUAUGAUGGGUUAUUGAGAGGAGAAAUUCCUGACAUGAAUAGUAUCUUGGAUCGAGAUGACUUAACAAUUAUGAAGAGAGCCAUUUUUUCAACUCAGAGACAGUCUUUGCCUCCUGUGACCACUCACAACAUGAUUGAUGACUCCACAGAUCCCAUCCUCAGCACCAUUAGACGGAUUGGACUUUUCAACAAUCGGGCAGACAGAGUCAAGGUGAUUUUACAUCCAGAAUUUCUGUCCUCCACCAGCCCCCUACUACCCAUGGAUUAUGAAGAGUUUGUCCGGGGUUGUCACCUUGGGGUGUUUCCAUCAUACUAUGAACCUUGGGGUUAUACUCCAGCUGAGUGCACAGUGAUGGGCAUCCCAAGCGUGACAACAAACCUCUCUGGCUUUGGCUGUUUCAUGCAGGAGCAUGUGGCUGACCCUACUGCUUAUGGUAUUUACAUCGUUGACAGGCGCUUCCGAUCUCCAGAUGAUUCUUGCAAUCAGCUGACUCAAUUUCUUUAUGGGUUUUGCAAACAGUCCCGUCGUCAAAGAAUCAUCCAGAGGAACCGCACAGAGAGGCUCUCAGAUCUUCUGGACUGGAGAUACCUAGGCAGAUAUUACCAGCAUGCCAGACACCUGACUCUAAGCAGAGCUUUUCCAGAUAAAUUCCAUCUGGAGCCAACCUCACCUCCAACGACGGAUGGGUUUAGGUAUCCCAGGCCCUCCUCAGUACCACCUUCUCCAUCAGGAUCUCAGGCCUCCAGUCCUCAGUGCAGUGAUGUGGAAGAUGAAGGAGAUGAGGAUGAAAGAUAUGAUGAGGAAGAGGAGGCUGAGAGGGACCGGUUAAAUAUCAAGUCACCAUUUUCUCUGAACCACGUUCCAAAGGGGAAGAAAAAAGCUUCAUGGAGAAUAUAA